AUGACCGGGACUAGGAUCUACUCACCUCUCGACAUCGGUCGCCGGCAAUUCCGCCUGCUACAAGCCUGCCUAGGUGACGACGGCAUACUCGAGUGCCAAUUAUUCGUUGCCUCACUAGCUGACACGGACCUCCAGUAUCAGGCUCUGUCAUACGUAUGGGGCACCGCUGUUGCUUCAGACAUGAUUCGAGUCGACAACCAGCCAUUUCUGGUGCGGUUGUCAUUGUUUGAUUAUCUGUCAUACAUCGCCAAGGAGCCUAAGCCGAAAGAAUACCUGGGUAUCUUUAUCGAUGCCCUCUGUAUCAAUCAGGACGAUGCUGCAGAGCGCAGCAGUCAGAUCGCGUUGAUGGGAGAUAUCUACAGUCGUGCUCGUGAAGUAGUGGUGUGGUUCGGCAGUAAGGACCCUUGGACUGACCGGGUCACAUACGUGUAUCCCGUCAUCGAGGAUGCAGAAGUAUUACGCUCGUGCUUCGAUGGUGUCGAAAAUGGUCUUCUUGACGAAAACGAGAUGCGCGAGAUCCGAGAGUACAUGACCCAGGAGCUGAGUGAGCACGAGUAUUGGACACGAGUUUGGACAGUACAGGAGUUCUUGCUACCGAGUAGACUGCAAAUGCGUUUCGGCACCAUGCAGAUUUCUGGCUUGUCCUUCACCAAAGCUGUCCUCGGGGAGCUCUCCCAAGAAGAUCAGGAUCUGUCCUUUCUGAAUGUGGCUGUGCCUGUGAAGGCUCUUUUCUCUGAAGGCAACGAAUUCAUAUCGAAUGUCGAGAGAUGCUGGCAAUUUGUGUACGAGCGGAUGAAACGAGACACCGAUGCCCCUCCAGGUACCAUCUCACAAUACCAAAAGAUACCCAUGAGUCGCGCAAUUAUUGCUUUCGUAGAGCAGCAGUGCUUGGCGCCACGGGACAAGACCUUUGGCCUCCUUGGUAUAUGCAGCCAUCGGACUGUGAUUGACUACAUCUUGCCGCUGUCAACGCUCUAUCUCCAAGUACUGGUCAUUUGCUUGCAAGAGCUGUGUACAGAGCCUCAGGGGCAGGAAGAGAUGCUGCUCAUGGUCGAUGUUACCAUCGCCUCGAGUGUGUCGCUCGAAAUGCCAUUGAACGAUGAUCGGGUAAUGGUGCUGACGCUACUAGCGAUGGAUACAGUAGGCAAAGCCGAAUUCCUUAUGCCUUUCCUGUUGGAGCGCACGCUGCCAGCACGGCGUCUGCAUCUGCACCGCUUGCUGUUGGGACCAUCGACGGUUUCCAAACAAAGGAUGACAGACAUUGAGCUGAGGCAGCUUUACCAGGCGAUUGGAAUGGCACGAGAUGCCGAGAGUUUUGUCACAACACCUGAUGGCGAGACAGGGACAAUCGAGGAUUGGGAAGCGUACUUGGCAUGUCUGACAAAUUAG